ACGCCGCCGGGCUGGGAGCCGGCGGCCGAUGCGCCCUGGUGCCCCUACAAGGUGCUGCCCGAGGGCCCCGAGGCGGACGGCGGGCGCCUGUGCUUCCGCAGCCCCGCGCGCGGCUUCCGCUGCCAGGCACCCGGCUGCGCGGCGCACGCUUCGGCCGGCCACCUGCUGCGCGCCAGCGUCCUGCGCAAUCGCAGCGUGCUGCUGCAGUGGCGCCUGCCGCCGGCCGAGGCGCGCCGCGUGCGCGCCUUCGCGCUCAACUGCUCGUGGCGCGGCGCCUACACGCGUUUCCCGUGCGAGCGCGUUCUGCUGGGCGCCUCCUGCCGCGACUACCUGCUGCCCGACGUGCACGACGGCGUGCGCUACCGCCUGUGCCUGCAGCCGCUGCCGGUGCGCGCCGAUCCCGCCGCUCCUGAGUCCUCCGGGCCCACCGAGUGCGUGGAGUUCGCCGCCGAGCCUGCCGGCAUGCGGGAAAUCGUGGUGGCCAUGACGGCGGUGGGCGGCUCCAUCUGCGUCAUGCUCGUGGUCAUCUGCCUGCUGGUGGCAUACAUCACCGAGAACCUCAUGCACCCGGCCUUCGGGCGCCCGGGCUUGCGCAGGCAGCCCUGAUGCUGGAGGCGGCCCGUCACUGGGGCUCUGCCUGCCGACAGGUGCGCGGGAGGCCCCAGGCCCCUUCGCCCGCUCUCUUCUUUUCGCUCCUGCUCCUUCCUUAGGAUCUUAACGCAAGGCCCGCUGGUGAUGGACAGGGCACUGGCGGCUGGCGACGGGGCCUUGGAGUCGUCGCACUACUUUCCAAGCUGGGCCUCCACCUCCCAGAAUCCAGCUCAGGACUGGCCCUUGGACUUGGGCGGGGGUGCCAGCCGAAUCCAGGGCUCUUCCUGCUCUCCAGAGGCCUUUUUAGAGGCCGCCAGGACAUAUAGAGCCCCUUCUAGCAAGAGCCAUUGGCACCCCGGGGUCGUCACCCUGCACCUCCAUCCUGUGCCAAGUUGGAAGCCCAGGCUAUUGUCACUGCUUGGUCACUGUGCGCUUUGCUAGUUCGAGGCCCCUUUGGAGCCCGUCCGUCGUCUCUCCACCCAUCCCACUGGGCUUAGGUUAGCUUCGUGCCUUAGUAUAUCAGGCCCACUGCGGGUGCCAGCCACCCGUCCCGUGCUGUCCAAGGGGGUCUGUGGCCCUGAGACUGGCCAGAGCCCCCCUGGGACCUCCUUCAAGCUUUGCAGGAGCGUCAGCAAGCAGCGUUCUGUGGCGUGUUCCUACGUGGGUGUCUGACAACCUGGGACCCCUGCUAUAGUUCAGGCAGGGCCUGGUGUCCAGCUGCCCCAGGGGUGAGUGUUCUCUGACCUUGGGGGAAGCUGACGGUUCUCCAGGGCUGGGUGCCACCUGUUACUUUGCGUGUGCUGCCUCUGUUGAGGACUUUCCAUGGCGAGUGGGGGCUGGGGGCUGGGAAGAGGGAACCCGGCCUGAAAAGUCAGUGUCGGGUCCAGAGGGCAGCAUAGAUGCCAGCCUUGCCCAGGUGAACCUUCCACUGUGGUUUCCAUGCUGAGCCUCAACCACAGCAUGGCGGACAGCACCCCCUCACCUCCUCCCUGUGCAGGGGGCCAGGAGCCAGGACCUGCCAGCGAUGCUGCUGCCCACCCACCCAGUGUGGACUGAAGGCUGGCCUUGUCUCUCCAGGCAGACCUAAGCACUCCUGGCCAAGAUUGCUUCCUGUGCUGACCACCUGGAAAUGCCGAGCACCAACAGGGGUGCAGCCUGUCAGCUCUCCGUGAGCUCCUGACUGACCACCCUGGACCCAGCCCUCUGGAGUCACUGUGGCUAACCCCUCCCACCCUCACCCCAGCAGCCCCAGGCCCUCGCUGGUGCCCCCGCAGCGUGUGCUCCUACCUCUGUCUGCUCUGCCCGCCCUGGCAUGGCGCUGGUCAGGCAUAAGCCUGGUGCCAGUGUCUAAAUGUCCAUCGUUCUUAGACUACAA